AUGUCCAGCUGCGAUGCCCCCGUCGACGGCAUCACCGGCGCAUACACGGGCAACAGCUUCGCCAUCCAGGCCGUAAUCGCCAGUCUCCUCGGCUGUGCCCUCUACAGCGCCCUCGAGCUCAUAGUCCUCGUCUUCUCGAUCUUCCACAUCUACGGUGGUCUAUACUUCUGGAGCCUGCUGAUCUCCGCCUCUCUAGGCGUGAUCCCCGAUGCGCUGGGCCUGAUCCUCAAAUACUUUGAGCUCGCCCCGAUAUGGAUCCCCGUGACGCUUUCGACGGCCGGUUGGGCCGUCAUGGUGACGGGCCAAUCGCUUGUGCUCUAUUCGCGACUUCAUCUUGUCGUGAUGAAUCGGACGGUGCUGCGAUUUGUGCUGGGCAUAAUUAUCUUUGAUGCGAUCACGAUGCAGACGCCGCAGAUUGUGGCGUCGUAUGGGGCGGUAUAUGCGUGCCAGACGGGGUUUCCGAAGUUUUUCAAUAUCUGGGAGAGGGUUCAGUUGACUGUUUUCUUUGUGCAGGAGAUUGUGAUUUCGUCGUUGUUUAUUGUGCAGACGAUCCGGUUGUUGAUGUCCUAUCCGUCGCGUUCGAAGCGGAGAACCAAUAUUAUGUAUCAGUUGAUUAUUAUCAAUGCGGUGAUUAUCUUGAUGGAUAUUGCACUUUUGGGUUUGGAGUUUAGUGGGCAGUUCAUAGCGCAAACGGUGACGAAGUGCUUCUUCUAUACGGUGAAGCUCAAGUUGGAAAUUGCCGUGUUGUCGAGACUAGCUUCGUUUGUCAAGUCAAAUUCUGAUCAGGGGUCCUCGGGGCUGAGUCGUCUAGAACAGCACUCUUGA